CACCCACAGACGCAUUUUUCAAGCCCCGCGCUCCUCUACCUGUCGGCGCUUUCGCUCUUUGUGUUUCCAAACGAAAAAGGACAGCGAAAUAAUCGACAAAUGUGUUGGCGACACAUUUGAUCGAUCGGCAUCUUCCCUUUUCAAAUGGACUGAGACGUAUUUUGCCACAACCCUGUAAAGAAAAAACUCCAUAGAAGACAUAUCUGACCGACUGCCAAAGUCAUGGACUGGAAGACAUUCCAAGCCCUCCUGAGUGGGGUGAACAAAUAUUCCACAGCUUUUGGGCGCAUAUGGCUCUCUGUGGUGUUUGUAUUCCGAGUGAUGGUGUACGUAGUGGCGGCCGAGCGGGUGUGGGGUGACGAGCAGAAAGACUUUGACUGCAACACCAAGCAGCCUGGAUGCUCCAACGUCUGCUACGAUCACUUCUUCCCCAUCUCCCACAUCCGUCUGUGGGCAUUGCAGUUGAUCUUCAUCACCUGCCCGUCCUUCAUGGUCGUCAUGCACGUGGCCUACCGGGAUGACCGCGAGCGCAAACACAAGGCCAAGCACGGUGAGAGCACCAAGCUGUACCAGAACACAGCCAAGAAGCACGGCGGUCUGUGGUGGACCUACCUAAUCAGCCUCUUUGUCAAAACGGGCAUCGAGGUGGUCUUCCUCUACCUUCUCCACCACGUCUACGACAGCUUCUACCUGCCCAGGCUGGUCAAGUGUCAGGUGUUGCCUUGUCCCAAUGUUGUAGACUGCUACAUUGGCCACCCUACUGAGAAGAAAGUGUUCACCUACUUCAUGGUGGGCGCUUCUGCGCUUUGCAUUGUCCUCAACAUCUGUGAGAUCAUAUACCUCAUCUCCAAGCGAAUCGUAAGAAUUGCCAACAAGGUGAAGCGGCGUAAACAAAACCUCCCCGUGCCCCAGGACGACUACAUGGACGACCUCUUUAACAACUGCAACCAGCCUCCUGCCAAGGUGGACCUGGAGGAUAAGCCUCCGUCCUUCAAAUCCGCAAACAGGCCAGAGUACAGAUUUUCCACACUGAAGCUUGAAGACAAGAUUCGGGCCUCAGCUCCAAAUCUGUCUACUCCUUGUUGAGAGCCAAACCAAAGACUGAAAAUGAAAACCAUCAACUGUGCUUGGGCUGUGACUCAUUUACAGGCUUAAAAAACACAUUAUGAGCUAUGGGCCAAACCAUAGUGUGUGUCAGCAUCUGUAAGUUUAGUCACUGAGCACUGGAGUGAGCUGUGGGCCCCUGUGUCCACAACAAAGACCUUUCUGAGCAUGUGAACUUCUGUUACCAUGCCAACAUUCAAAAUAUUUUUACACCCAGAAUGUUCUAUCAAUAUAUGGUAUUCUUUUGGAUUACAAUCACGUUUGUAAACCUUUUCAAAAGUCACCCUUCAAAGCAUUAUUCCCCCUCCUUAUUGUGAGUAGACACAGGAAUGGGAGCCACAAGUAGGUUGGAAGCCCUUUGCUAUUCCUCUGUACAUUUCAUCCAGCUUUUCAAUUUAAUUGUGAAGUGUUGGCGACGCUUGCUACCAGAGCCCAACAGAAGAGUGGUAAUGAUUCUGGAAUGUGGGCACACCACUAUGGCUGAGAACUGUAAUUGAAAGUAUGUUAACUGGCUCGAAAAUUCAUUUUCACUGUUUUUUGGGGUGUGGGGAAGCUGGAUUCAUGAGUAUUUUGUCUUCUAAAGCCACAGAAGGCACAUCAUUCAUGACUUUGCAACAAGCAGACACAUUUUGCAUUUGCUUUGGCUUUUACUACACAACAUUGCUUCCUCCAAGAUCACUGUUGAUUUAAAUCAGCCAAAAGGAAUGUUGUUAGUGCUCUGUUGACUAAAGCUCUAACACUAUUUGAAUUGUAUAAUAUUUAAUUUUGGAAUGUAUUUUUUAUACAUAAUAAAUUUAUUUAACGUCA